AUGAACUUUAGAGGAAAGUUUUUGCUGAACUAUGGUAAUAACGAGCGUUUCUACGACAUCGCAAAGCAGUAUAAAGCGCAUUGGGGUGAAAAGUUGUUUAUCUUGGAUGAGUCCCUAGCACAACGAUUCAAAGAUGCGUCAAGAGAGAACCUCUACAUUCCUCCCGAAGAGUUAAUGAUUGGUGAACUAACAGUCAAGGAAGUGGACUCUGAUUACGUGAAAUUUAGGUUUGAUUCUGAUAUCCUGGUCCAUGUCAGUUUGGGGAAAACGUCACAUGACGUCACUUUGGGACCAAACCCCACGGCGUUGAAUGAAUUUACAAACCGAAAUGUUUUUGCCGUUGGGGUGGGUGGAUGUAUAACAUCUAUGCAAUGGCUACUGGAUAAGUUGGACAAAAAGGACGGUACAAGCUACUUAGCUAUUGGGGUCAUCAGUGGAGAAAAGGGACUCUCAGAAGUCAAUGCUACUAAUCCAGAGUUGAAUGUUUUCAACAAUGUUCCCCAAAAGAAUAUCCAAUCUUGUAUACAAAUAUGGGAAUACAACGCAUUUUUGAAUGAGUUGCACCUUAAGCACGUAUUGGUGACUUCAAACUUUGAAGCUAUAACAGAUAUCCAAUGGGCCCCAAUCUACACUAACAGUCCCGUGAUAGGUAUCCUAGGUUGCGUCCUCAAAAAUGGGGAGAUUCACUUGCUAAGAGUUGACGACACUUUGCCCCAGUUUGGUGUUGUUGAGGAACCGUCUUGCAGAUACAGAUCAAAUAGCAAAGGUUCGUCCAAUCUCACUUGUUUCUCAUUUGUCGGUGCUGACAAACUACUAUCAGGAAGUGCAGAUGGGUAUAUAAUGGAGUUUGAAUUACCUUUACGUCAAAAUGGAAAUAUAUCACAGCCUAAUUUCAAAACAUUUGUGUCGGAUGGACCGAUUUCGAGCAUUGUAUCUGUGCCCAUUAGUUGUGAUAACGAGUAUGUGAAUAUCAUCAAUGGCCAGGCAUACAGAGGAAUGGCUUUUUCAACCCUGGAUCCAUUAGUCGAUGUAUUUUGUCCAUUAUCAGAAAAGUCGACAAUAAAGCCCACGUAUAAUUACAUCAUACAGGAUUUGCUUCUUGCGCAUAAUCCCGAAAAUAGCAAUAUCUUGUGUCUUCGAUCGCUACAAGAUACAUCUUCGACAAUGUUGAGGUUGAAUAGUCAUAUGACAACGUUCAAGCUAUCGGAAAUCUUGGGUCAUCCAUUCAUGUUAACCGGAACAGAUGCAGGUGAUGUUAUAUUGAUGAACUAUACAAGAAAAUUCUUUUCCAGUAAAGGAGGAAAUAAGGUGAUGGUCCCAUUAAAACUCUGGAAAGUCACUUUGGACGAAACCAGCACCAUAUCAAUAUCAGCCGAUUACGAGAAAAUGGACAUUGAAAGCCCAAUCCAAGCAUCAUAUAUGCCAUUGCAAGUCAUGAUUAGCUCCGUCGCAUGGAAUGAAAAUGUAAUUGGUAGUUCAGUAUAUGCUGCUGGAACGGCAUCAGGUAUUCUACUAAUUGAAAGGUUGGAUCCCAAAUUCAAAAGCUAG